CACAUGGCAGAUGGAAAUUUCCACUCAGACUCCUUGCUUGUUAAAUGGGAAGGGUCUCCAACUCUUGUCUUCACUAGUGCGCCUCCUCCUCCGCCUGCAGCAGCUGUCCACCACCCUCAAACACUCGGCAACAAAGGUCUUGAAGAAUUCCUUUAAACUCUGUAAAGCCUGAAAAAAGCGUCCUUGUCUCUCACAUUACUGAACGCCACCAUGCCAGGAGUCGUGGAUCGCAUGGAGCUGAGGAAAGUCUCCACAGAGGCCGAUGACGACAGCACGGACAGCCUGGAUGACCGCUACACGGAGCCAAUCGACUCUGAGAAAGCAACCAUCGACAGUCAGUUUCUUGACGACAACGAUGAUGGAGAAAGCCAGAAGUUCCUGGCAAACGGGAUGAUGAAGAAGAAGAAAUUUGAGGAAUACCAUGAAGAAUAUCAUCCCGGUCACACUUCCUUCGGGAUGUCCGUAUUCAACUUGAGCAAUGCCAUCAUGGGCAGUGGCAUCCUGGGCCUGUCCUACGCCAUGGCUAACACUGGCAUUGUUCUCUUUACAAUCCUUCUCAUCGGUGUGGCCAUCCUCUCCCUGUAUUCAGUGCAUCUGCUCCUCAUGACAGCUAAAGAAGGAGGAUCUCUCAUCUAUGAAAAGCUGGGAGAGAGAGCAUUUGGUUGGCCUGGCAAAAUCGCAGCAUUUGGAUCAAUUAUUCUGCAGAAUAUUGGAGCUAUGUCAAGCUACCUCUUCAUUGUCAAGUAUGAGCUCCCUGAAGUGAUCCGAGCCUUCUUGGGCUUAGAAAAAAUCUCUGGUGAAUGGUACCUGGAUGGAAACUACCUGGUUGUGUUUGUAUCAGUUGGAAUCAUUCUGCCUUUGUCCCUUCUUAAAAACCUGGGCUACCUUGGCUACACCAGCGGAUUCUCCCUUUCCUGCAUGGUCUUCUUUCUUGGUGUGGUGAUCUAUAAGAAAACCCAGCUGCCCUGUCCUCUUCCUUUCUUCUACCACCACUCGUCAAACCUCAGCAUGAACACCUCCGACAUGUCGGGGUUGUACCAUCCGCUGAACAACUCGGCACAGAUGGAUUUCUCCCGAGCCGAUGUUUCUCCGGCUGUCGUCGGCAGCAGCGACGCCCAUCACGCCAGCACUGUCCACUACGAGCCUCACCCUGACGAUGAGGAGAUGUGCACACCCAAAUAUUUUGUCUUCAACUCACAGACUGCGUACACUGUUCCCAUUCUUGCCUUUGCAUUUGUGUGCCACCCUGAAGUCCUUCCCAUCUACAGCGAGCUGAAAGACCGCACCAGGAGGAAGAUGCAGAACGUCUCAAACCUGUCGAUCAUGACAAUGCUCGUCAUGUACAUGCUGUCGGCGCUGUUUGGCUACCUCACCUUUUAUGAAAACGUAGAGGCAGAGCUGCUUCACACUUUCACAAAGGUUUAUAAGUUCGACACCAUGCUACUGCUGGUGCGUUUGGCUGUCCUCACCGCCGUCACCCUGACUGUCCCAAUUGUGCUGUUUCCUAUCCGCUCCUCCAUCAACACACUGCUGUUCAGUGGGCGAGAGUUCAGCUGGACCCGACACAUACUGAUCGCCUCUACCAUCCUCGUCUUCAAUAACUUGCUGGUCAUCUUCGUCCCAACCAUCAGAGACAUCUUCGGCUUCAUUGGUUCCUCCGCAGCCACUAUGCUCAUCUUCAUCCUCCCUGCUGCUUUUUACCUCCGCCUGGUAAAAUCUUUGCCGCUUCGCUCCCCUCAGAAGAUCGGGGCGGCCGUUUUUCUAGUCGUGGGGAUCGUCUUCAUGAUUGGCAGCUUGUCACUCAUCGUUCUCGACUGGAUCCACAACCCCCCGGGCUCCAGCGGGGAACACUAAACCUCUUCUUCCCCAAGAGUGCAGCAGACCCUCUACCAUCCUGCUACAUCCCUGUUUUUUUUUUUUUUUUUUUUUUUUUUUUUUUACCUCUGCUGGUCAAACAUCUAGGAACAUCCGUGGUUCCUUCCCUUUCUUCAAAUCCCAACACUGAUCAUAAAACUCAAACAUAAGGACAUAUUAUGCUGCAUUUGGAUAAGACAAAUUCAGCUUCCCCCCCAAAAGAGGGGAACCUUUUUGCCCAGUUGCAUUUUUUUUUUUUUUUUUUCCUGUAAAAUUUCAGAUGUGACAUGACAGAAAGGAGAGAAACCAGGAGAUUGGGAGAAACAGACUCCGGUUUAACGUGCCUCUAAAACAGCCUGACAUCACCAUCAUAAUCAUGAUCUUUCCCAGCGGUGAAGAGAUGGAUCAGACUAUACAGCCUUCACCUGAAGCAGAUCUGUGAGCUGCUAACUCACAAGGCUGGAAUGGCGAUGCCAGUCCCCCAGUCCUCUGCGCACUUGAAGGAAGGAGACAUUUGGAGUGUAUCAUCCUCCAUGAAACAAGGAGCACUUCUAGCAUUACAUCUCAUUGUGUGUAGAGCUAACACACAAAAAACACACAUAUCAACACAGUUUAACAAAACUACACCAGCAUUAUUAAGCAGCUUUCUGUAAAAAGAUCCUAAAAUCAUCAUGCAAUCAUCAAAAACACAUUUGCCCAGGUUUAUUUUGCUGCUCUGCUAACCAUCACAUUUUGUGCCAAAGUCUCAUGCACAUACAGUUUAAGCUAAUUUGGAUGAUACGGGCUUCUUUGCCGGCGCUGUAAACGAAGUUAGGAGACGCUCCCAGUAUUUCUGUUACAGAGGGACUGGAACAUACAAGGUAUUAAUGUACAUAAUGAAGUGUCUACUGAAAAUAAGUUGUUGUUGUACAUAAAAGCCUCAAAAAGACCUUCAGGUUGUAUGAAGUUCAAAUUUCAACGCUUCUCCUUCAUUAACUUAUUAGCUACUUUGAAUAGGGUUAGACUGCUAGCUACAAAACAAGAGUGUAUUAUUUCUCUAAAUAACUUGCAAAAAUGUAUAAAAAAUAUAUGCUCCAUGCUAAAAUUCGGGCAAGUUAAAGAAAAACAAUCACAGUCAGUCAAUAGAGAUGAAUGAUAUUCGGCUAUAUUGUAUAAAAUGUUGUAAACUUGUUCCAUAUCACCUUAAAUGAGGAUAAAAAGUUCCCCCUUUUUUCUAAAAUGUUAUUUAAAUGGAAUAUAAUUAGUGUAGGCUUUUGACUAAAUAAUAACAUGGAUAUUUUGUUGCGAGAUACAUGAGUCGAUUGAUGUCACUGUUACCCUGCUACUUCAACAGAAAAAGACCCUGUUUACACCUUGCAUUAACACAGAUUUACAGACAGAACGUUCAUCCAGUCACCCUCCAAGUUAUUUUUUUCAAGGCCCUGCCCUUUCCCAAACCCUGUUUAUCGAAGGUUUUCCAGAUGGAUGUGUGAACAAAUCUAUCUGGCGUGUCAGGUUAGGGGUUUAGCCCCGAACCGAACCGAGACCUGCGGACUAUCAGGUGUUAAAACGACCUAAAAAUAUGUGGUCCUAAUCCAUUUUCUGUGUAUUCCCUACACUAGUGGUUCUCAACUGGUCCAGCCAUAGGACCUACCACUUCGUCUGUAUGUGAAACUACAACUGAAACUUAAGGCCUUUUUUUAUAGUUAACUUGAUAAAGAAAAUUUUGCAAUUUGAUCCUUAAAUCGAACUAAACAUAUUACUGAUCAAAGAGACCCACAAAAACUUUAAGAUGUUUUGGUCGGUCAAAACUUUAGGAUGCAUGCAAUCACUUUGCUUCACUCUGUUUUGCCAUUAUAACAUAAAUUUUGUUUGUUUUUUGAGGUCUCAAGAAAUUAAGAUUUUAUGAUGGGAAAACCAGCUUUUUGGAAGAUAUUUUCAUCCAAGACAACAGAAUUCUUAAGUCAACUACUCAACUGGGUAAAGCCCAAUAGAAAAAUGUAGAUUUCACAGAAAUAUAAUCCAUAGGGUUUAUUUGCUAAAACGUGCAUGACUGUUGUUCUAAAAUCAUGUUUACAACAAAAAAGAGAGAAGCUGUUAAAGAGGCACUUAAAGCCUCUUAGCUUGCGGCCAACUUGCAGCUAUUCAUUUGUAUUCCAGCAGCUACACUCACUUAAUCGAUAAAAAUGAAGCCCAAGAGCUGCCAAAAAUUAUGUAUUAUUUGCGUAAAAUGCGGGCAACUGAGUUCAAUUGCAGAUUUUCACUGAAGACAUAUUACUAAUACACACAUAUGAAGUGCAGUCAACUUGGUAAAACAGAUGUCAAUGCAAGGUAUAAGCAACGCUUUAUUUUUUCUAACUCCUAAGCUGGUAUGUAGAACUUUCUGUGCUGCUUUCUAGCUAACGGUUCCCAGACAAAUAAAGCUCAAGCUUUAUCCCACAAGCAUGAUGGUAUCAACCUUCCCAUGUGGAUCUCGCCAACAAAUAGAAAGAGGUUCACCCUUAAGAAAUCAAAAUUUUCCUUGUAAUAGUAAAUUUCUGAGAUAUAAACAAAAGGAUGUAACACCAGUUUGGACAUGUGGUCUACCCAUUGUAAGGGCAAGUACUAAAUCAAGCUCUGAAACUUAGCUUAUGUAAUCAUUUCUAAUUGUCUUUAUAUAGUUUUUAGGUAACAUUGAUUCGCGUUACUAACCCUCAGCAUCUGAAUUGUGUGUUUUUUAGCUGAAACAAAAGGGUCUUCCUGCUUUGAUAACAGGAUCAGCUUAUCAUCAGGUAGUUUAAAUGUGCCUUUUAGAUUAUCCGUAUUGUAAUUGGCUCAUGUCUGCUGGUGCCUUCAACACCAAAACCUCAUCUCAGCUCUCCUCUGAUGCCGAUGCGUGUCACGAACACAUCCAGCCAAAGUGGACAACCUUUACAGAUCCUUUGUGGAUCUAAGUUCAUGAAACAAAUAGAUAUUUCAAAUGAAAUAGUGUAUUAUGUGCAUGUUUUUGGAUUACAAACUUGGUCUUUUUGGACAUUUGUAUAUGCUUUGUAAAUAUUCUUUAUUUUAUGGUACACUGAUACUUGUUGUGAGUGGGUUGUUUUGGGGAUUCUGCUUUACAAGUCUUCAGCAAUCCAGCGUUUGUUUUAGAAUAUAUAUAAAUAUAUAUGACAUGUAUUAGUUUUUUUGUCUUGCUGUAUGACAGUAGUUUUUCUUUAUAUGAUGCUUGUAUAUUUGUAGAAAUUUUGAUCUCUAUAUAUCUUUUUUUUUCAUAUUUUGACUUUAUUUUGUCAUAUUAGAAUGAAUUCACCAACGGCAUACUUCAUAACAGGGUGAAACACAGCUGAAAGUUUCACUAGCUUGUUGGUUCCAAGUAGCCAACACUAGACUGCAGUUAGUCGUAAAAGUCAACCAUAGUUGAAUAUUUUUGCCGGAAACAGUUCGCACAUUUAAAACAAGCAAAACAUUAUCGUCUGGAUAAUUUCCCAGCCAUACUACAGUAACAAAAACCCUUGAAAUGAUGACAAAUGCCCAAGAACCCUCAGGUUCUGAAGCUCUCCUUGGACAAUCGUAUACCGUUGCUGUUCAUACCUUACCGUGGCUCAUAAUGUAGAUCACUGCUGUCAUGGAAAACCUUUGUACCCUGUUUUGGAGAGGUUUGACUUACUUGAACUGAAGCAUGGCAUGAAUAAGCUUCAUUACGAAGGGUCUCUACAGUGCUCGCUAUGAAUGUGGUAAAAGCGUUUUUAAUCUUGUUAUACUCUCUUGUAGGGUUGUCAAAUUACCAUAAUUUUUAAACCUUUAUACCACAUUCUCAUAAUCCAAUGAAAUUACUGCACAAUGGCUAAAUAGUGCAGUAUAUUUUGCCAAUUUACAAAGCAUUAUCUUUCAUAAUCUGAUUAAUGUUGGCUACACAGUCGACGAUUUUAGACCAGAUUUUAGGCCUGAUUUGCCUUCGAUCCCCUCCCUUCAACAAUCAUGGCCCAAUCAAGGCUUGUGUAACCGCUGCAAGCAAACUAUGCCUCAGUUUUGCCAGCUGAUGACGGUGAAUGUCCUCCAUAUUUGUUAUUCCCAUAAAGUGACGAUUGUUUACACAAGUUUCUGUGAGAUCUCGUAUCCCAUAAUUGUGAAUUUGUUACUUCAGAAAGUAGUGGCAGUCUCGUGGGCUGGCCGACUAACUAGAUUGUGCAUUCGAAGGAUUUUAGCCAGUUGAAACUCUUCUUAUGUCUGUCAUCUCCCUUGUUUUCAAAAUCAGAUAGGAUUUAAAAGUAGUCUUGUGUGUAGCCAGUCCAAACCAACCUGUGGAUUUCAGCUGCUCUCUUUGUCAGGCAGCUUUGGAUCAGAUAUGUAACUAAAGAUCUGUACUUUUAAAGCUUUUAUAUUGUCAAACAUAAAAUCUCAGACAGCAUAAUUUUAAAAGUAAUGAAAAGUAUCAAAGUACUGGGAAUGUUGACAACCCUUCCCUUAAACUUAACGAAUGUUGAUGUAUACCUACGUAGCCUCCUAAUGCUCUUAAACUCUCACUUCCUCUCCCUGUAGCCUCUCAGGUAUUCAGUCUGAAUGGAUUUUUCUUUUCACUUUUACUCAUCUUCACAUAUCUCCACUCUUUGCAUGAUUGAGCCAAUCUAUGACAUGCUGUUGUAUAUUGUGAGAAGUCAUCUUGUGGAUUUAUUAAAGUCCCCAGCUGAUUCUUGAACAGUGUUUUUAAAAAAAAAGGAAUUGUGCAGAACCACCUGCCUUAUUUUUCUAUGGACCCUCAGCCGUGGAGAAACACUUGCUCGAUGUUACUGUUGUUCAGUGUCUCUGCUUCCUGUGGAUCAGGCUGAACAUUCAGAUUUGUAAUUAUACCCACACAAAGGGGAUGUUUUUUGUAUCAGUGAUGCUGUUUCAUUAUGAUGACAAAUAAAUGUGAAAUAAAAAAUA